UAUUUGGUGUUGAUAUCGGGGAUUGAUAAUAUAUCGUCAAUUGCGUCCCCCUCUUCCAUCCCCACCCCUCCUUUUUGGACGGUUAUUACGCCAACAACGAGGACGAGUGUGAUUAUCGUGAAGCUCGAACAUGCACUUACCGGAAGGGCCGCUAGGAAUGGACAUCAAUGCUAUGCAUGAGACUCUGCAGGCGUGUCACGGUGAUUUGGUUAGAACUGGAAGUCCCGCUAUCCUGUGUAGCGCCUUGCCGUCCCAUUGGAGGUCGAACAAGUCGCUGCCGGUAGCGUUCAAGGUCGUUGCCCUGGACGACGUUAGCGACGGGACCCUGGUCACCAUCAGAGCUGGAAACGACGAGAAUUGUUGCGGCGAGUUGAGGAAUUGUACAGCCGUAAUGAAGAAUCAGGUGGCCAAGUUCAACGAUCUGAGAUUCGUCGGGCGAAGCGGGAGAGGAAAAUCGUUCUCGCUCACCAUCCAAAUCAGCACGGUACCCUUCCAAGUCGCCACCUACACAAAGGCGAUUAAAGUGACCGUGGACGGGCCGAGAGAGCCACGAUCCAAAUCGAAUUAUCAAUACGGACACGGAUUCCCCGGACUCGGAUUGCUCAAUCCAUGGGUGGACGUGGCGUAUCUGGGACACGCGUGGCACUUGCCCCAUCCUGCCUUCGUCAAAGGAACGAUCCCGAUGCCAUCCACGGAUCUGUUUCCGCCGACGUUCCCGCCAUCGGUACUGCCGUCGUAUCCGUUCGACCACGUGAAGUAUCCGGCCGAGUACGCCGCAACCACGCUACCCCCAAAGUCGAGCAGCAGCUCGAGCGCGCAGGCAACGAUCCCAACCAGCCCGUCCAGAACACCGCCCAAGAGCCCGAGCGAGUCGGGGAGCGAGUCGGCCGCCGAGGAGAUACGAAGCGCGUUCGUCCCCAUCAGAUUGAUGAACACGCUGCCGCCGACCACCACGUCCGUCAUCACGCCCGCCUCCUCCUCGUCGCCCGAGAGGCUGAUCACGACCACGACGACCAAGAGGGGACCCAUCGUGGAGGGUUCGAGGAACGAGCUCAAGGCGCCGACAGCCCUCAUCUCCCGAUCCCUCUCGCCCAAGAGGAGCCCCUCCCCCACCAAGAUCUCCUCGCCACCGCCCGCCAAACCCGUGUGGAGACCUUACUAGGGCGAGACGAGCACGUGGGCGUGCAGGUGAAACGAGGGUGUACGAUCACCGUUGAAAGGCUAGUGAUUAUUUAGACGCGUCGUCGUCGUCGGGGAAUGUACUUUUCUUCUUCUUAUUCUUCUUCCUUCGAGGAAAGAGA